CAGCGGCCGCCAACGCCCGGUGCCCUUCCCCCAGCAGGCGCCCUCCCAGUGCUCCCAGUGCUCCCAGUGCUCCCAGUGCUCCCAGUGCUCCCAGUCCCGACGCCGCCAUGCCGCACCAGUACCCGGCCCUCACCCCCGAGCAGAAGCAGGAGCUGUCCGACAUCGCCAAGCGCAUCGUGGCGCCCGGCAAGGGGAUCCUGGCCGCCGAUGAAUCCACUGGCAGCAUCGCCAAGCGGCUGAGCUCGGUGGGGGCGGAGAACACGGAGGAGAACCGGCGCUGGUACCGGCAGCUGCUCUUCACCGCCGACAACCGCGUGGAUCCGUGCAUCGGCGGCGUCAUCCUCUUCCACGAGACCCUGUACCAGAAGGCGGACGACGGGCGCCCGUUCCCCCAGGUCAUCAAGGCCAAGGGCGGCGUCGUCGGGAUCAAGGUUGACAAAGGCGUCGUGCCCCUGGCCGGCACCAACGGGGAGACCACCACCCAGGGUGAGUGACCAGUGCCAGCGCCGCGUCACCCGUGUCACCGCGGUGCCACCACCCUGUCCCCGUCCCCACGAUGCCACCAUG